UUAUAAGAUUUGUUUCCAAUUUAACUUCAGACUCUUUUUAAUCAUCCUAUAAAUAGGACUUAACACUGUUCAAUUUAUCAAAUCUUUCAAUCAAAACACACACACCAAAAAGGAAAGUUUGCAAUAGUUAUUUUGUUUUCAACAAGGUUUAAUUGAAUCUCAUGGCUUUAUUAAGAGCGAAGAAAGAAAUCAAGAAGCUUAAGCUUAGAAACGAAUUCUCUGUGAGCAUCACAAAAUCUCUUCCAAAAGAGUUAUUGGUAGAGAUUGCGGGAAAAGUUGCAUCACGUUCAAUCGUUGAUCUCUGCAAAAUGAAACUAACUUGCAAAGAGUUUCUCAGCGCUUCAGAAGAAAGUUGCGUUUACCAACACGCAUCAAUGGAAAAUUUUGCUUUGAUUCCACUUCCAUGGUUCACAGACGAAAAAGAAACUUCGUUUUUGAAUCGUUGUAGAAAUAGUGGUAACUUGGAGAUUCUUUAUCGUGAAGGAAUGGUUCAAUAUUUCUGCUCUUUAACAAUAGUGGAUUCUGCUUUUGAGAAUAUAAAAAAAGCUGCUUUGGAGGGUCAUCACGAAGCCAAGUAUGUUUAUUCUAUGAUUUUGAUGAAUUGUGAUGAAGAUGAAGAGAAAAGAAAACUUGGGUUUGAUCUUUUUGGUGAGUUGAAAAGUUCCGGUGUUAGUGUUAUAAGAUGUAGAAAGAGGGUGAAAACUUUUGUUCAGAGUAUGUGGGUGAAGAAUCCUGUGGUCAUUCGAAAUCAAGGAUUUUCUUUUGGUUGUUCUGGCACGUGUGAGACAGGGAAGAAGGUGGAGAAACAUUCAACGAGGUGGUGUGAGUUUGAGGAUGAAGUUGAUGCUGUUGGUGUUUCAUGCAAAUAUUGCGAUGGGGUUUAUGAAUUGGGUUUGUUUUGUAACAUGUUUAAGGUUUAAUUACAUGAAGAUUGGAGAGAAUAGAAUACAAGAACCACUCAAGCAAGCAUAUGAGAAUAGGAACAAAUAAUAUUCUUGUUUGAAGUUGUUUUUUCUUCCUCUGUUUUAGAUUUUAUAUUAAUUCUUCAAUAGAUUGUAGAAAAGUCAAAAAAUACAUUGUAGAAACUCAACAUUAUUAAUUUGAAGUUUGGUUAUUAUUAUUCUUUUUUUAAA